GCAUCAAUCGCUGGGAUGCAAUGCGAAAAAUGGCAGGUGGAGAUCGGUCAAUCCACACCGUGGACAAACCGAUAACUUGUGCCAAUCGUCUUAGAAAACGACAGCGACGAGUGACGACGACACAGCCGUGACGAUAAUAUAGAGAACAGUUCUCAGAUAUUUAGAGAAAAAAGUAUAUUUACAUAUUAAUCAAAGUCGACAAAACUUUAUUGUAAACGCGACAUGGAGACCGUCACCGUUACCGAAGAAGARCUGACCACUAUGAAGUACGUCAACGCGACAACCGAGUUUACGGUCGAGGAGAUAAACUCAUUUUUUUUUUACGAAGUGAACUUGUUGGUGGGACUGGUGAGCGUUAUGAUCGACAUGAUAUGGAGAACAACCGUCACCUGGUCAGCCGGCCCGAUUGCUUGUAAAGUCGUCAAAUACUUACAGGUAACGCAUUUACGUCGCACUCAGUGUUGGAUAGAAAUGUCGCCUUGGCAAUGGAAACUAUACAUAAGCAUAGUGGCGACGACGGUGUUCGUCGUACCGGCAAUAGUCAUCAGCGGAUGUUAUGCCAUUAUCGUGUACACGAUUUGGUCCAAAAGCAAACUCCUGUCACCGGCAAAAAACAACACACUUCAACGUGGCACCAAAAAACCUGAAGAGCACGACAUCAGAAGGUCCAGUUCACGGGGCAUCAUUCCGAAAGCGAAAAUCAAGACCGUAAAAAUGACAUUCGUUAUUGUGUUCGGUCAGUAUACACACUGCUUACAAAUACACCUAUUAUUAUUCGUCUUGCACGCGUAUAAAUAAAUACAAUAGUCAUUUUAUUCGAUCGAAUAAUAUUAUCGCACAAUAAAUAUAAUGGGUACCUAAUACCUAACCAAUCGAUACGAUACAAAUAGGGUGCCACUCGGUGUUUGUCACAGUACGUGCGUGAAUUUGGCUCUCCGACGUUAUGUAAUUGACUUCGGACCAAAGCCAAUAUUCUGUACAACUCAUUCGUCACWAUAUUUGUAACACAGCACUUUUCAGAAUUUGUAACUAUAUACUUUAAGCUCUAUCAACAUUUUUAUGACGACUUCACGUAGYCGCCCGACAAAUUAGCUCCACACACUAUAGUCCCACAGACUGGUAUAAUUUUAUUUUGUAGAAACGGAUAUUGGUGGAAAAGGGAAAGGUACACUUUUGGUGGAAAAGGGCAUCGCCCCCAUCCAGAUACCAUAAGUCCUAACCUAACCUAAYCAUGAUGAUCUAAAAAGGUUAGGUAAUUAAAAAAUUAAAAUCAAUCUUAUAUAUAGUUGGGUGCGUUACGAUUGCGUAUGAUACGAUUCCGUAUGGACCUUUUUCAUUAUUACGAUUGCGUACAUUCUACCUACCAAUACUUCAUGCAACGUUGCCGUUGUUCAAAAUCGUGAAAAUUU